AUCUGUUUCUCUUCAAAUUUGUAGCAUUUUUCCAAUAUGCGUUUAUGCUUUCUUUUCGUCCCAAAGUGGGGGAAAUUAUUGGAUUUUUACAAUAUGCCUUCUUUUAGUACCAAAAUGGGGGAAAUUAUUGGAAUUUCAAUUGAUUUUUAUACCGUGCAUUGGCCCUACCAAUUUUAAAAAUAGUUAGUGGUUUUCAAAUGUGUCGUCAAUGGGAAUGAAAUCAUUAGGAAUGGUACCUCUAGACUGGUAGCCGAGGCUCAGGUGGUGGUGCUACCACCAUGACCUCAAACGAAAAGAAAUCCAUCUCUAAUUUAGUAUCCAUUCUUAGAAAUUUAUCAAAUCAAAUCUAAUAGUUGAAGUAUUUAAAAUCUCAAAAAUAUUUCUUUAUCUAAUUUCAAAUAAUCCUUAUAGAAUUCAAAGUAACCAACCAAAUAACACGUUAUCCUGGGUUGUAAAUUCUAUCAAAUCAAGCUUUGAAAUGUUAAAUUAACGUUUAGGAUGGUUUGAUAAAUUCCCCCUUUCUUGGAAAGGGUAUUCUGAUAAUUUUCGUUACAAGAUAAGAUUCUUCUGCGUCUGUUUCCUUCGGACUGUUACUUAGGAACCCUCUCUCUCUCUCUCUCUAGAGCAAGGAAGGAUCCUCUGCUCUUCUACCGUACCUAAUUCGUCUUUCAUCUCUCUCUCUAGAAUUAUGGUAUCCCUUACCUCCCUUCCCAAACAUCUCUUCUCCUUCCCCCCUUCAACACUGCAGAGAAAAUACCAGUUUCUCUCUCUACCCCAUCGCCCACCCCUCUUCCUCUCUCUCUCUAACCCCAGACCCCCACCCCCCUCCUUCUCCCCCAAUCCCUCCGAAGUUUACCAACCCUUCCGCCCUCCCCCCUCUCCCCUCCCCUCCCACUACAAAACCCUCGACCUCGAAUCCCAGCUCUCAAUCCUCCGCGACCGCCUCGGCCGCUGGUUCGAGUAUGCCCCUCUCAUUUCCUCUCUCUACCGCCAAGGUUUCAGUCCCUCCUCCCUCGAAGAAUCCACUGGCAUCACUGGCGUCGAGCAAAAUCAGUUACUUGUUUCAUCUCAAGUUCGAUCCUCAAUCGAGAAUGCCCUAGAUCCCGAGACCCUUGUGUUUUUCGAUUCCCCUUCAUCAGCUCCUUUACUUUAUGAGCUUCGCCUCCUCUCCAACACUCAACGUGUUGCUGCUGCCAAAUAUGCGAUGGUUAAUAAUCUAGAAAUCGAUGGCGCAAGAGAGCUUGCAAGGGCGAUAAAGGACUUUGAGAGGCGGCCAGCGUCUGUGCGUGCCGGGUUUACAUCCUCCCCUGGGGACUGCCUGGCGUUCUCCCUCUUCCGGCAGAGCGCUGAGGUGCGCAUUGACAGUGAGCGCUCAGCCCUCCUUGAACGCGCGCUGACACUCGCUGAGACCGAAGAGGCUCGCAAAAGAAUUGACGAAACCAUCACAAGCUCGCCUACAGAAGAUGAGCAGAAGGAAACCACUAUUAGGGUUCCGGUCGUUAGGAUGAGGACGGGAGAGGUUGCAGAGGCAGAAUCGAUCGCUUUGAUGCCCGUUUGUGAGGCUCUGGUUAAGGAAGUUGAAACUGCUCCGGCUUGGAGAGAGGAGAAGGGGGAGUUUGGGGUGGUGAGGGCAGACGUGGGGUGGAACCGGUGGGUGGCACUGCCGGGUUGGGAGCCAGUGGCAGCGGCAAGUGCAAGGGUGGUGGCGGUGGCAUUUAUUGAUGCGCGAGCAUUGCCGUGGAAGGUGAAGAGGUGGUACAAGGAGGAGCCUGUGCUGGUGAUUGUGGACAGAGAGAUGAGAGAGGUAGAGGGUGAAGAUGGGCUUUAUAUGGUGGAGAGAGAGGAGGGAGGGGUGGUGGUUGAGAGGGGUUCAGUGGUGAGUGAGAGAGGGGGAAAUGUGAGAAUUUUGGGGAGUGUAGUGAUGGUGGUGAGGCCUCCUAAGGAGAAUGUAGAAAACCAAUUGCAGGAUGAAGAUUGGGAGUAAUUAAGGUACUGAUUUAUUUUUUCAGAUUUUCAUCCUAUAACCAUAAAAGUUUUAGAAAGAGAGAGUGAGAGAGGGAGAAUGUUUUUUCAAAUUUUCAUCCUAUAAGCAUAGAAGUUUGAGAGGGAGAGAGAGAGAAUGUUGGGGAUUCUUUUGGCAAAAAUCUAGAGAGAGAGUGUGAUGGGGAGUUCUUAAUUUCUAAGUUUAUAAUGACCUUUGGGAUAAUUAUUAGUGAAAAUAAAAAUAUUUGCAGGGGGAAGAAGAUUAUGAGAUUUGGAUUUUGGUGAGUCUUUCUUAUGGGAUUUUUGGUGAUUUUUUAACGCAAAUGCUAUUGAGGGAAUGCUUAGAAAUAGAGAGAUUGGAUUUUGAAUUUCAUUACAAUUUCUGCUUGAAGAGCAAUUGCUGCUAGAGUUUGUCUUC